CACCAUGUCACUGGGUGCUGGAGUGCCUUACCAAGCUGGAGUGCUUGUUUCCCAGGUAGAAUAAACCCAGUUCUUCUUUCCACUACCCUACUCUUCUUACUUCCUCUCCCUCCUCUUGUUCAUAACACGGGUUUUCCAUCUUCCUUCUCUGUCAGAGAAACAUAAUUGAAAAUAUUAUUAUUGCUAUAGACUAUCAUCUUAACGAUGCAUCAGAAUUAAGGAGUUAGGUAUGGACCUGCAACUGCACGUUUCAUCCCCAGCAUAGAAUAUUUUUAAAGUCAGCAUGUUGGGUCUUGACCUUGGGAUCCAUCCCAUUGCACAGCCCAAUACAGCACCUAUUCUGAACUUAGCCCCACCCUCUACGUAUUACGUGGCUAACACUGAUUCAGGAACUACAGCAGGCACUUCAGGGAAACAAGAAAGGAAAACUGCAGAAAGGAAGAAAAGCACCAAAAUACUAUGGCUUUUAAAUCUUCACUCAUCUUGUGAAAAACAAGGCACAGAGAGAUACUGUCCACCUCACCUUCGAGCUGCUCUUUAAGGCAGGAAUGUCCUCCCCAUCCUCCUCAGCAUUGGAGACUGAGAUCUUCCAGUACAUUGAUCUGCAUCAAAGUGAUUUCAUUAAGGAUCUCAAGGAAUGGGUGGCUGUGGAAAGCGAUUCUGUGCAACCAGCCCUGAGGAAAGAAGUCAUACGAAUGAUGGCGUUGGCAGCAGGCAAACUUGCAGCUUUGGGAGCCACUGUUAAUUCAGUAAACCUGGGAUCACAUCAGCUUCCUGAUGGCCAGCACCUCCCACUGCCGCCUGUUAUUCUUGGGGAGCUUGGCAAGGAUCCACAAAACCCCACUGUCUGUUUCUAUGGCCACGUGGACGUGCAGCCUGCCAGAAAGGAAGAUGGCUGGAAAACUGACCCUUACACAUUGACCGAAAUCGAUGGAAAUCUCUAUGGCCGUGGAGCAACAGAUAAUAAAGGACCGGUCUUAGCUUGGAUAAAUGCAGUGGAAACAUUUAGAGCCUUGAAAUUAGCUAUACCAGUAAACUUCAAGUUUAUUAUUGAAGGUAUGGAAGAAGCAGGGUCUUUGGGGCUAGAGAAGCUACUUGAAGAAGAGAAACAGUGCUUUUUCUCAAAUGUUGAUUACAUUGUGAUUUCGGACAACCUCUGGCUCGGCAAGAAGAAGCCUGCCCUCACAUAUGGGACUCGGGGCAACGCCUGCUUCUUUGUGGAGGUUGAGGGUGGUGACAAGGACCUUCACUCUGGAACUUUUGGAGGCAUCAUUCACGAGCCGCUGACGGACCUGGUAGCUCUGCUGGACAGCCUUGUGGAUCCCACAGGUCAUAUUCAGAUCCCUGGAAUCUAUGACAGUGUCGCUGCCCUGACAGAGGAGGAGAGGAAAUUGUAUGAAUCCAUUGAAUAUGAUCUAGAGGAACAUAAAAAUAAUAGUGGAGUGAAAAAAUUUCUCUACAGUACCAAGGAAGAGAUACUUCUGCACCUGUGGCGUUAUCCUUCACUCUCUAUUCAUGGGAUUGAAGGAGCUUUUCACGAACCGGGAAUUAAAACAGUCAUUCCAGCAAAAGUCAUAGGGAAAUUUUCAAUUCGCCAAGUCCCCUACAUGGACCUUUCAGUUGUGAAACAACAGGCGGAGGAGCACUUGAAGAAUGUAUUUUCCAAGAGGAACAGUCCAAACAAACUCAAAGUGUCUAUGCCACUGGGUGCGAAACCCUGGGUUGCUGACAUUAAUGAUCCACUAUAUAAAGCAGCAAGAAGGGCAAUAAAAACAGUUUUUGGAGAAGAUCCAGAUUUUAUUCGGGAUGGUUCAACAAUUCCUAUUGCCAGACUGUUUCAGACCAUAACGCAGAAAAGGGUGAUAAUGUUUCCGAUUGGAGCGGCCGAUGCUGGGGAGCACUCCCAAAAUGAGAAAAUAAGCAGACACAACUACAUUGAAGGAACCAAAGUGUUUGCAGCCUUUUUCCUGGAGAUAUCAAAGCUACGUGGGCAGUUACAUGAAACUUCCAGUCCAGAGACUAACAACUGAUAGACCAUCGUAACAAAAUUAGCAAAGCACUUUUUUGUUUUUAAUUUUUAUUUUUUUAUUUUUUUUCAGUGUUAGGCUUUCUAAUUUCCUGGUCUGGAAAAACAUGUAAAUCACAUAUUUUAUGUGACUGAAUUUGUGGAAAAAAUAAAUGCUGUGCUAUUAUUUGGCAUACUGCUAAAUUACAUGCAUUUGUUAUGCAGCCAGUUAACUGGACUUACCCCUGAUGCUAUAAAACAGAGCUAUGGAUAAUUCAUUCUUAUGGAGUAGAAUGUAUUAUAUUUUACUCUUAAAAUUUAGGGCAAAGGGAAUUUUGACAUUUACUUCAUUAAAAUUACUUUAUUUCUAUUUUGUAGUAUGCCCAUGUUUAUGCCACCUAGCUCAUAUUCCAGUUUCUGAAUACAAGCAAUUCACACCACUUGUUUCUCCUAACUAUAUACAAAAUUUCACUACAGAACUUUAUGAAUAAAGAUAUGCUAUUAUGU